CUUCCUUCCUUCACAGCGUGGAUUUCAAUGACAUUCUUUGAGCUUUCAUAAGACGGCUCUUUUCUCAGUUUAAACAUGCAUUUACAGUUUUUAUUCAGAACAAUUACAAAAGAAGCUUUAAAGGGCAACAUUUGCCAUCAUGUGCAGUCAUUACACACAGGAUAUCAGCUCCUGGCAGCAGACAAAGCCCUCCUGAUGAAACUGAGGAAAAACACUGGCUACACGUUCAUAAACUGCAAGAAAGCUUUGGAGAAGUUUGAUAAUGAUAUAGCUCAGGCUGAAAGCUGGCUACAUGAACAAGCUCAGAAAGAGGGCUGGAGCAAAGCAAACAAACUGGAGGGUCGAAAGGCCAGAGAAGGCCUGAUUGGUCUGUUUGUAGGAGAUAAAGUUGCAGCAAUGGUGGAGGUGAACUGUGAGACAGAUUUUGUUGCUCGCAAUGAGAUGUUCCAGCAGCUGGUGAAAGAUGUGACUUUAGCCAGCUUAGCUCACCAUCAAAGUAAAAAUCAAAGCCAUGCUGGAUAUGUAAAGAGUUUACUGGUUGGUGAUGAGUUAAGCAAACUCAGUAUGGGUAACAGACCUUCACUAGCCGACCAUGUGGCUUUCACAAUAGGUCGACUUGGUGAAAACAUUUGCGUGAAGCGGGCCGUAACUGUGGGUGUCCCAGCUGAGUGGCACAUUGGCUCAUACAUACACGGCAGCGUCAGCAGCCAGACUGAGGUGGCCGUAGGGCGUUACGGUGCGCUGGUGAUGUUUCGGGGCGGAAAGGAGGGAGAACAGGACGCUUUGGGUAGUAAAUUAGGACAGCACAUAGUGGGGGAGGCCCCUGUGUCUUUGGGUAAUAUGGAUGACCUGUCUUGUGGUGACUCUGAGAAUCGUCUGCUGCCUCAGACCUUUCUGUUUGACCCCAGCAGGACUGUGGCAGAGUUCCUCAGGGGUAAACAGGCUGAAAUACUGGACUUUGUCCGAUUUCAGUGUGGUGAGACGUCAACAGAAGAGACUGAAUAAAGGAAGGGAACCUAUUAGUAAAGGUAAAUUACAGGUGAUAUCUUGUUGUGGAACAUGUAGUCAUACGUCUCCAUCGUGAAYUUUACAGCAGAAUAGUUUAACUUGSAGUCACUGAMGGUUGAUGAAAUUUACAAAUAGAAAAAUAAAACAUUUCUUCUGGAAAAA